AUGAGCCCAUACCGCUACUGUGCCAAUAAAUAUUUAUCCCUACGAUCUGUUCCGUUAUUCAAUUUAUCUAUACCUCUCACUCUCUUCACUCCCCACUACAUCUCUUCUGCUGUCUCUCUCACUCUCUCUUCCCCUCCCUCUCUCUCCCCUCCUCCUCCUCUCUCUUUCUACUUCCUUCUCCACUCUGCUUCUCUCUCUCUCUCUCUCAUUACGUCUUUUUUCAUUCUCCCUCCCUCUCUCUCUGUACCUUCUCUUUGUCCUCUUUUUGCCAUUCUGUUUCUGAACUUUUGCACUUUUUUCAACUCCAUUGGCUUCUCCAACUGCUUCCCUUUCUCUACCUCUCCCCAUAUUCUCUUCCCCCUCUCUCUCUAUCUCUCUCUCUCUCUUCCACUCUGUCUGUAUCACUCUAAACUUCACCCCCCUCUCUCUCUCUCUCUCUCUCUCUCUCUCUCUCUCUCUCUCUCUGCUACUAAGCCUCCUUCGCUCUUAAUCUGUCCUUCUCUUUCUCUGUUCCACAUUUUUGCCACUCCGUUUCUCUCUCACUCUUACUCAUACUCACCCCGUCUCCCUCUAUUUAACUCUCUCUCUCUCUCUCUCUCUCUCUCUCUCUCUCUCUCUCUCUCUCUCUCUCUCUCUUUUGUCCUCCUCUCUUGGUCCUACAUUUUUUUGACACGCUGUUUCAAUUUUAUACUCCGCAUUUUUCGGGCCCGACCCCAAUCUGCCUCCCCCUCUCAAAUUUACUCUCUUUCACUGUCUUUUCCUCUCUCUCUCUCUCUCUCUCUCUCUCUCUCUCUCUCUCUCUCUCUCUCUCUCUCUCUCUCUAUUUUACUCUCCUCCUCUCUGCGUUCCACGUCUUGGUCUCACUUUCACUCUCUCUGUUUUUUCCUUUCCUUCACGCUCUCUCGAGCCACUCUUUGCCACCAUCACUCGUGCGCUUACUAUCUACCCUCUCUCUCUCUCUCUCUCUCUCUUCAUACUUUGCCUCCCUCUCUCUCUCUCUCUCUCUCUCUCUCUCUCUCUCGCCGGAUCGCUAGCUUUCAAUCGCCCUCUCUCUCGGCCCCGCCUCUAUUUGCUACUCUCUCUCUCUCACUUUUUUUCUCUCCCUUCCCCACUCACUCUUUCUUCCUCUGA